UGAACGAAUAUUGCAUUGGUGAUGAGUAUUCAUCAAGUCUUUUUGAUGUAAAUGCUCUUUUAAACCUGCCACAAUGAUUAACAAAGGGUUAUAGGACUUCCAGCCAGUUCAGUCAUUUUCAAAAGACCAUUUAGAGCUAGAACUCAAUUGCGAAAACAAGGAAGACUCAGUAGAUCAGCUUAAAGAUCACCAAGAGAGUCUUGACAACCUGGAAGAAGGACAAAAUUUUAAUUUGCCCGAUUGAUUACUUGAAAAUGGAUCUGUGUUAGACUACCUUUCUCAAAAUGAUACACUUCAAUAUAUUGAGAAAUUCGGUCAAGCUGAUAGGGAAUGAACUCAAAGGAAAAUAAUUCAAGAAGACUUAAAUUGAGAGGAACUCUUAAAUUUUUGUGAAAAUAGCUGCCCCAAUAAUAAAGGCACCACUAGAGAAGAUUUCCGAAAAUCUAGCCAAGUUGAAGGCAGCUCUAUUACAAUAAGAAAGGAUCCUACUUUUAAAAUCCAGAAGCUAAAAAUAAGAAAGGGAAGCGUAGCAACCACUCAAGCUGAAGGUUCUCCUCAAAAACUAGUAGACAAUAGUCCCUCCCUCUCUGAUGCUAGUGGAGAGACAAAGAGCAAUGGUCCACCUUUUAAAACAGUUCAAAUAAAAGCAAAAUCAUUCGAGAAAAAGGAGUGAACUUUUGAUGUCCCAAGUAGAGUGGUGAAAACACUAGAGAUUCACAAGGAUAAACGGUGGAAUAAAGAAAAUGAUAGAGAGCUCUUCCCUGUAUUCCUUUCUCUUGUCAAGCAAGCUGGUCUGAAACCAAUGGACUUCUGUGUUAAAGAAACAAGAAUCCCAUAUGAGAAAAGAAUCAUUCUAGAGAAGCUCAAGGUUCAAUUUAAUUGGAAUGGAAAAAUAUACGCCCUCAGAGAUAGAAUAAAGAGAUGCUUAACCACUAGUACUUUCACUGCUCGCGAGAAAAGAGUUCUUCAUAGGUUGUUGAGAGAUCACUCUAAUGGUAAAAUCUCUUUGGAGAAGAUCUCUGAGAACUUUCCUGGAAAAACUCCUGAGAUCAUAGACCAAUAUAGAGCAACAUUUCUUUUAUUAAGCUAG